UUAACAUCUGGUAUAGCACUUUCCAUGAUCAUGACAUCUCCAAUCAUGGACGAUCUUAUCGCCGUAGAGGAUUACGUUGCCACGGCGAUAAUCGGAAGAGGGUCCAAUUCCACCGUCUGGAAGGCGAAGCAUCGGACGUCCGGACAGGUUGUGGCGCUCAAGCAGGUCCCUCUCUGCAAACUUACUAGAAACCUCCGUGAUUCCUUAGACUGCGAGGUCACUUUCUUGUCCAGCGUUAACCAUCCCAAUAUCAUCCACCUUCUCGACGUCUUUAAGGCUGAUGGAUGCGUAUUCUUGGUUCUGGAAUUCUGUGCUGGUGGAAACCUAGCUUCAUACAUUAAACUUCAUGGGAGAGUUGAUGAACAAUUAGCUAGGAAUUUCAUGAGACAGCUUGGAGCUGGUUUAAAAGUAUUGAAUACCCAUCACAUUAUUCAUAGAGAUUUGAAACCUGAGAAUAUUCUACUAUUGGGUACUCAAAAUGAUCUGGUGCUAAAAAUAGCUGAUUUUGGUCUCUCGAGAAUUCUGCAUCCAAACAACAAUGCUGACACAGUUUGUGGCUCCCCAUUCUACAUGGCUCCUGAAAUCUUGGGAUUUCAACCAUAUGAUGAGAAGGUUGAUAUGUGGAGUUUGGGCAUUAUUCUUUUUGAAUUGCUUCAUGGUUACCCACCAUACCGUGGUAGGACAAAUGUUCAGCUGCUGCAGAAUAUUAGGUCAUCUACAUGCUUGCCUUUUUCAGAGCUUGUUCUAACACAUUUACAACCUCAUUGUGUUGAUAUCUGUUCAAGGUUACUCUGUGUAAAUCCAGGGAAUCGUUUUUCAUUUGAUGAGUUCUAUCAUCACGAGUUCUUAAGAACGUAGCUUGAAACUGAAAGCUAUUCAUGAAUUUCGUGCAGAUUUUGCCAAAGACUCUAUAUGGAAAAGACUGGAUAUGACUUAUGAGAUUCUUGACCAUCAGACUACCUAAAGAAAGGACAAAUUCAUAUGCGACAAAGAAGAGAUGGAGUUGGAAAACCACAACAUGAACCAGAAUGUCUCACCUGAGGCUUGGACUAAGAAACUUAUCAUAUUGAGGUAUGAGAUUUGAUUCUCAUUGAAAUCAGGAUUGAGGGGAGUAAGCUAACCCCAACAUCCAAGUCUUAAGGGAUAAACAUCAAUAAAUUAAGGUUAUUUGAGAACUAGUAUUUUAUCACAAUCACUUUUGAAAUUGACAGAUUAAAAAGUGAGAGUGAUUUUGUUUUCAUUUGGUAUGAAAUAUGUCAUUGAAGUAGAUACAACUUUUUUUAAGUGAAAGAGG